CAUGACAUUCAAACGUCAUGUUUUUUUAUAAUCAAUUUAAAUAUUAGAUAUAUAAUAAAUAAAAUAUGAUUUACACAAAGCAAGAGUGGUAUACACCAGCCGAAAUUGCCGUUCACAAUCGAGCGACCGACUGCUGGGUAUCCCUAAAUGGUAAAGUCUACAACCUGACUCCAUGGUUAGAAGAACAGUUCAGGAUCUGUAAAUGCACCAAGAGUUGUUCGUGUCCAGUGAAGAACUGGUACUGUGGAGAUGAUUGUAUUGAAUAUUGCUCAUGUUUUAAGAGAGGGUUCUUAUAUUGUGAUGCGAAAAGGUCGGCAAUGGCAGUCCUCGCGUUCGCUGGCAAAGAUGUAAGUCAUUGGUUUAAUGGGGAUGAACCGGUCCGCUAUGUUCAUCCCAUCGUCGGCUCCACUACCACAUACUCGUUUUAUGGCAAUGGACCACAGCAACCGGUGGUGCCGUCAACCCGUUGGAGACCACAUCCAAAACCGUGGUGGAAGAAUGAGAGCUACGUAGUUGGGAAGGCCACUGCGAGGACUCGUCCAAUCAGGAUUACUAAUAGUUUGAUAGGCUCCACAGUAACCCUCGAGGUCUGCUCUGAAGAGUCGUUAUAUCAGAUCAUGAUGCGAUACCUACCACAUAACAGUCACAUGCUGUCGUACACGUGGCGGUAUCUUGGAAAGGCUUUGUGCUAUAACAAAACAUUGGAGGAGAAUGGUAUACCCGAUGAAAGAGACCGCUUCAGUGAUGUAUUGUUACCUGAAAAUUUACAUAUACCUGCAAUUCUGCUAUAUUACAAUGAUGAUUUAACCGAAGAUCCAACAAGAGACGAUUGCUUCUGUCACGACUUUACUUGCAUGAUGCAUCGGGAAAAGAGUUGUCAGGAAGUAAAUGUUCAAUGAUAUAGUAAUUUACUAGAAUUAUUUCAAAUUGUAAGUUACUUUAAAAUUCGAUAGUAUACUUAUUUACUUGUAAAAUUUAUAUGUCAUGUAAUUCUAUAAACAAAUAAAAAAUA